AUUUCCUCUUGUGAAGAGCAGCUAACAAACAUGUUACCGAAUUACCUCUUUUCUGCAUUCUUGCUGUACAGCAUCUGCAGAGCUCGAGUGCAAGCUCAAUUUCCAGCUGCUUGCAUAGAGAACGACCAACUGAUGGCAAGAUGUUGUCCAUCACCAGACGGAACAGACUUGGAAUGUGGGGGAGGAGAUCGGGGAGAGUGUGUGGAGAUCUUUGUGCAUAAUAAUUGGCCAUGGAAAUAUUUCAAUAAUGCGUGUGUACCAGGAGACGGACGUCUUGGAUGGCCGAGAAGCCUCAACAUGACACACCACUGCAAAUGCAAGAACAACUGGGCAGGUCCAGACUGUGGUGACUGUGCACACGGAUACGUCAAGACACACAACUCAUGCAUGCCAUACAGUCAACCAGCUGUCCGCAAAAACGUCCUCACAAUGACACCAAAUGAAUGGAAAAACUUCCAUCAAGCACUAAACGAUACUAAACACACAAAGAGUAUCUACAAGGUCCCAAUCGGUUACUACAACACACUGGAAGGUGGUGCCACAUCAAACUUAACAUUUGUUGAUACAAAUGUUUAUGAUUUUUUCGUGUGGUUACAUCAUUAUGCCUCGAAAGACAACACAAGUCCGACUACAGUCAUACAGUGUGACUUCGCACACGAAGGAUCCGGAUUCCUCACAUGGCAUCGUGCUCUGCUACUCGUUGUCGAGCACGAACUACAGAGGACACAAACAGGUCGGAGUAUCGACUACCCGAUUAUGAUACCAUACUGGGACUGGACGGACCACACCCCCGCAUCGAUUAACAAACUGUUCUCGAACGAGAUGAUGGGAUAUUCACACAAUGUGACUGAAACGAAGCGGCCGCAGCGAAUUGGGGGAGUGUUUUCCAACUGGACAACCGUGUGUUAUAAGGAGGGUUUUCCCACAAAGCCGACCCUCGGGUGUCUGUGUGAUCCUCGUGUGUCAACUGGUUUUCUCACACGAUGUUUAGGAUGUAAGGACACUUUACUGCAUCAGACGAUGGAUUACCUGCCUCGUGCGGACGACGUCAAGAAAGUGAAGAAUCUCGCUGUUGUGUACGACCUUUUUCCGUGGGAUAAGAAACCGAAUAUCUACAGCUUUAGGAAUUCGCUGGAGGGAUUUGUCAAUAUGAGUGACAUCUACGAGUGUGGGAGUGGCCAGAACGGUGAGCUGCAUGUUCAGGUUCAUUGGUGGAUGGGAGGAAAUGUUGCAGAGCUGAGUUCCUCUCCUAAUGAUCCGAUGUUCUGGCUACAUCAUUGUAUGGUCGAUCGUAUAUUUGAAGAAUGGUUGAGAAUGGGAUGGAGGAAAUACCACCCGACAGAUGGUGCACAUCCUGGUCAUAAUAGGGAUGAUUGGUUGAUGGGUAUUUUUCCAUUGGCUACCAACGGCGACAUGUUUAAGUACUCGACCAAGUUGGGAUACGAUUAUGACAAAUUAGAUUGCUAAAUGUGUGCGCGAGCAGCAUGUAGUGCAGAGUCGGUAGAUUGCUGGCAAGCAGCCUUGAUACACAACCAUGCAUGCACACACACACACACACACACACACACACACACACACACACACACACACACACACACACACACACAC